CUGGAAGUUUCCGGAGAUCCAAUGAAACCUGUGCUCAUGCCGGAAGACGCCAACCCGGAUAACCAUAUUGUGGGAGGUUCGUAUCUGGACAUUCUCAAUUUCUCCAAUAAGGACAUCGCCUACCAGCUCACACUCAUCGAAUUGGCAGGGUUCCAGUGUAUACCGGUGAGGAAGCGCAUAAACUGUUGUUAG